GCGGCGGCGGAGCUGCUGCUGCUGCUGCGCGACGGAGGGGCCCGACCCGCAGCCCGGUCCCCGCAGCCCUGUCCCGCGGCCCCCUCAGCGCCCCCCAUCGCCACCGGCCCCGCGCCCGGCUCUCCGCGGCGCAGGAAGGGGGGAAGGAAGGGAAGGAACCGCUCGCCGCGCAGCUGCACCCCCCCCCACCCCCUCACCCCUCCUCCUCCUCCCGCCGCACACCGACCAUGUCGCGGCCGCUCCCGCUGAACCCCCCGUUCCUGCCGCCCACCUACGGCGUGCUGAAGUCGCUGCUGGAAAACCCGCUCAAGCUGCCGCUCGCUCACGAAGACGCAUUCGGUAAAGAAAAAGACAAAGAGAAGAAGUUAGAUGAUGACAGCACCGGUACCACAGUCCCUCAGUCAGCUUUCUUGGGUCCAACAUUAUGGGACAAGACACUGCCAUACGAUGGAGACACUUUCCAGUUGGAAUACAUGGACCUGGAAGAAUUCCUCUCAGAAAAUGGCAUUCCACCCAGCCCAAACCAGCACGAGCCUAGCCCACACCAGUCAGGUCUCCAGCAAGCUACCUCAGCAUCACCUUCUGUCAUGGACCUCAGCAGCAGGGCUUCUACUUCAGUCCAUCCAGGCAUGGUGUCGCAGAACUGCAUGCAGAGCCCGGUCAGACCAGGUCAGAUCUUGCCAGCAAACCGAAACACACCGAGUCCCAUUGAUCCUGAGACUAUCCAAGUCCCUGUCGGCUACGAACCCGACCCUGCAGAUCUUGCUCUUUCCAGUAUUCCUGGCCAGGAGAUGUUUGAUCCUCGUAAGCGCAAGUUCUCUGAAGAGGAGCUGAAGCCCCAGCCCAUGAUUAAGAAAGCUCGCAAAGUCUUCAUCCCAGAUGACCUGAAGGAUGACAAAUACUGGGCAAGGCGCAGAAAGAACAACAUGGCAGCGAAGCGCUCGCGGGACGCGCGGCGGCUGAAGGAGAACCAGAUCGCCAUCCGCGCCUCCUUCCUGGAGAAGGAGAACUCGGCGCUGCGCCAGGAGGUGGCCGACCUGCGGAAAGAGCUGGGCAAGUGCAAGAACGUCCUGGCCAAUGCUGCUUCAGAGUAGGGUAUUUACGUUCUUGUAAUCAGUUCCAUCCUCCUGAUUUUUCUUGGAAAGAUCCCAGUAUAAAUUGUAAAAAAAAAAAAAAGGAAAAAAAAAGAAAAAAGAAAAAAAGUAGAUCUCAGUUUUUUUUUUCAAGAGUAACAAGCUAUCGUUUUACGUCUGUCUAAUCAGAAAAGUUAACAUGCUAAUAAAGUGCACAAAUAAUAAUUUAGUACUACACUGCAGAACUAUUAAUUUAUAGAUCGCUUUCGUUGUACUUUAAGUUUUUUGGUGAUAAUUGUCUUCAGAUUUUAAAGUGCUGUUAGACUGAGUUAGCUGUACUCAUUAUAGAUCCCAUAAUGGCUUCUCUGUAGCUACUUAAGGUUCCUUUUUCUCUCCACGGACCCCAGGUAGGUAGGUAGGAGUGUGUGAUAGAGCACAGAGUUUGUACCUUGCACUGCCUGUACCUGAAGCAAUAAUCCUGUCGUGCGCUCGCGUGCAUGCUGCCCGGAUGUUCCCACUGGAAGUAGGAUGGUUCCCUACCCAACAGGAGUUUUUCUGUCUUUGCCAGCGAGUUCCAAAAGUCCGAGAGACGUUUCCGUGGGCACGGUACCUGUGUCCCUGUGGGGGAGCGCAUGUGGAAGGAGCAGGAGAAAUUAGUUGAAGUGAGAACAAAAUCCGUAGAAUCAAAUCAGAUCCGAUGUCGAAAUCAGAGGGGCUUUUCUGUUUUCAGUUAGUUAUUCCAUUUUGUGAUUAAAAGUUAAAUAAAUACCUAAAUUCAGUUGGUUUUUCCCUCUCCCCCCCCAUGUUUUGUAAUAUAUUUUCUGUGGAUUAUAUCUUGCUGUUUUAAAAAUCACUUUUAUUCAGUUAGAAGAAGUCACUGGUUUGCAAAGCCCAUUUUUUCCUAGUGAUUGUUGUUUUGAGUGUGACAUGAACUGAUGGUUCUGAACUUUAUUGUUUUAAACUCUCUGCUUUUGAACAUGUAUGUUCUAAUAUAAAGUGGACUUCUGAAAAAUGAAUGUAAGAGACACUGGUGUAUUUCAGGAGGGGAUGGUGUUGUCAUAUACUGUGGUUAAUCCAAUCAAUCUAAGUGUUUACUCUAGACCAAAAGGAUAGAUAUUAUAAAAUGUAUAAAGUUUAUACAGAAUAAUUAUAGUAUGUUCGUUUUGUACAGUAUUUUUCAAGUACAAAUACUGACAAUGUAUUUUGAAAGACAUAUAUAUAGCAAAAAGAAAAAGCUAUUCCAUGUUUAAAAUAUAUAGCAAAGAUAUAUAUUCUCCAUUAUUGUACAGAAAGGAAAUGCUUAGGGGUUUGUUGGUUGUUGUUUUUUCUUUUCUUUUUUUUUUUUUUUUUAAAUCUUUUAAUAUUUUAAGCCUACCGCUGGCACACCGGCAUGUUCUGUGCUUUAAAUUAAAUUUUUAAGGAAGUAAUAUGGAUUUCCAGGAUGUUCCAUAUUACUGAAAAGGAGAGACUUUAGUAUUUUCCAUCAGAAACACAUCAAGAAACUGUUUAACAGGGACAAAGCACAACAUGGAUUUUAGUCAACUAUUGAUUGGACAAUACAAUAUUUUGUAAUGGCAGGAAAAUAACAUAUAACACAAAACCACUCACAGGCACUUCUGAUCUGCUGCUGCUGCUACAAUCUGUUUCCAGCUGAAUACUUUUUUUUUUUUAUAAAUAGCUCAGACCCUGUACACACUUUGUGUACUGCAUACAGUUAGUAACACGUGAGGAAAAUACGGUGCUACACGUCUUGCUCGCAGUUUUCUGAGUGUUCUGACAUUAUUCUCCAAUAAACAGGUUGUUCAUUCCAUUAAAUCAUUUUUCAUGCUUCAGGAGAAGGCGACAAAGAACUCAGCAUUUUGGUCAGCAUUCAAAAUCCCCUCGCAUGAAUGGCACUUUUCCAGUAUUUUUUCACAAACACACCUGGCUUGUCAGUGUCCCUUGACAUGCAGGACUUGCCUGUGGACCAUUUAUGGGGUAAACUGAAUUUCCGUGUGCUGCAGCAAACUUUGAAGCGCAGUGAGUUAUUCCCUAAAGGUCAGUAUGAGGCACUGGAUGCUGGGGAGACACACAGAGGGGUGUUUUUGGGGUGCCCCAGGAGCAGGAGUGAGGUCAGCAGUGCCAUCGGCGGGGGGUGGGGGGUGACCACAAACCUUUCUAUGACACGUAAAAGGCAGCUUGGGGAAAAAAAAAAAGUGACAGAGAAUUCUUUUGUUUCUUUGGGCAGGGAAGGGGUGGGAGAUGGUUUUUGUAGGCUGGGUGUAACAGAUUUAUUGUUAUGGCCACAGAGGAGCACAGAGGUUUCCAGCAGCUGCCUGGUCCAGCGGUCCCAGAGCUGCUCCGGUGGCUCCUCACCCCUGGGAGAACAGGAGGGACUGGGAAUGUGCACAGGCUGCAGCUUCUCCUUUGGGGUGAGGACUUUCCAAGGAGCCUGAGGGAUUUAGGCACACCCCAUUUGCUGUGGGAGUGAGGUGCCUUGGCUGCUGUGAAAAACUCAUUUGUAAAAAAAAAUUAGCACUUAAAAAAAAAAAAAGGCAAAAUAUGUGGGCCAAUAUGUGGAAAAACUCCAGGUUCUUUAGCCAGGUUGUCUCCCCAAAAUAAUAAAUAAAUGGAAGUUCAGCUCAUUUUCAGUUCCCAAGGACAGCUCAGCUGGGUUUAUCACACCUCUGAUGGCUUUGUUGCUCAUGAAGGAGCUUGUAGGUAUAAGAGAUUGUAAUUUUAUAAAAAUAGAAAUAUAUAUAUUUGCAGAAUAAUUAAUAGCUUAUCUAAAUAAUUCACUGACCUCUAUUAAACUUAUAAGCAUUGGUAAAAUGCUUGUCUUCUCUUCUGUUUUUUUGCUGAAACUUAGAAGUGAAUUUUUUUCUUUUUAAAAAAGAAUGCCCUCUAGGAAUCAGUGGGACUGGAGAUGGAUUUGUGAUCCGAGCACCUUGGGGCUCUCCGUGGGAAAGCCCGUGGCAGAGAAGGCAGGGGGGGUAUUUCUUUUUCUAUUUUGAAUGGUGCUGAAGUCACUAAAACUGAGCACCAUGGAAAUAAAGUUCUGACUUGAAUCCACAAAAGCAAGAAGUUCAAAAUGCAGGGCAGGAGCCCGAGAGAGGCUCCGAGCUGGACCCGCUCCCUGUGCCCACGGGGAUGGGAUCGGCUCACACCCCUCACACUUGAAUCUCUUGCCUCUGUGGGUUUGUAAUACCCCCAGUUAUUGCUUUAAAACUAUUUUUGCAUGUAAUUUACGAUAGAGAUGUGCAGUUUAUUUUUAUUUUGUCGACUUCUUUUUUUUAUGUGAAGAGAUAAAAAAAAAAAUAUUAAAACUUACAAGUGAUCAACCAUCGUAUUUCUGGCAACACCACAAGACAGCAUUAAAUACAAGUUUAACAAACAGAUCAAAUUACCUGUAUGACAAGAAGUGGAUUGCAUCCUGUAUGCUGUUCAGCCCAAAUAUUUUUUUUUCGUCUGUUAUUCUUAAUGUUUAAUAAACUUUUAAAUUUUUCUUCUCUCA